AUGUUCUAUCCACUAGAACUACCACGACCACGUCCUCGACGUCCUCUCUUCCAGAACUAUGGCAGCAACAAAACUGGGCUACUCUUAGCUUCUAAAGUAAAAAACAGAGACAACAACUUGAAGCAUUCCUUGCUACUUUAUCUCAAGGAAUAUUGCGAGUGUUCCUCUAUCCAUGGCAUACGCUAUCUAGCCGAUCCGAAACUGCGAUUCUUUGAGAGGAUCAUCUGGCUUUUGUUGCUGGUAGCAACUUCAAUUUGUGCCAUUUUUGUUUAUGUAGACCUCACCGAAUUAUAUCACGCUGUACGCAUUCAGACCACCAUCAAGGACUCCAUGCAGCCGAUAUUUUUUGUACCAUUUCCCUCAGUGGGCAUUUGUCCACGUAAUCGCGUUAAUUGGAUAAAACUGGAGAGAGAUGGACCAAAUCAUUUCCUGGGUGCCAAUGUCACCGAAGCCCAGAAACAGCUCUUCAUAAGUUUCUUUUCAGCUGCUGGUGAUGUACAUUUAAAUCGCCUUAAUAAUAUGGAUAGUUUUUAUGCAAAUGCCACGCUAGCAUCAUCAGUAAGUCAAUUGGAUGAGUUGAACGUGUCCGAAGUCCUGGAGUAUCUACAAUUGGAAUGCAAAGAUAUCUUUUAUGCCUGCAACUGGCGAGGCAUGCCCAAAAACUGUUGUGAAAUAUUUGAACUAGAGCACACUGAGUCGGGUCUCUGCUGGGUCUUCAACUCGGAAGUUAGUCCAGCAAUGAGGAAAAAGGCGAGGGAGGACCAGUUCUAUCCUUAUCGCACAGCCCGUUCUGGAGAAGGCACUGGACUGGAUGUUUUUCUCAGUCUUAACAAAAGCUUAAUUCGUUUGGAUAAACGGGGCGUUUAUGUCAUGAUCAAACAGCCCCAACAGUGGAGUGAUAAUUCACGCCUUGUGCCACAUAAUGCUCAUACUAGGAUUAGUAUGGCACCUCGUUUUACCACUACCGAUAAUAGGACACGAUCCGUUCCGCCCAGCAUUAGGCGUUGCAUCUUUCCGGAUGAGAAAGAAGAUCCUAAAUAUAAGAAUUUUCCAGAUUUCAUCUAUUGGGUUGGCAAUUGUCGUAGUCGAUGUCAUCAGGAGCAUGUUGUGGACUUGUGUAAAUGCUCUCCAUCAUUGCUUUUUCCAGUCAGUGCCGAAGAUAAUUUUACGGACUGCAAGCCAUCGGAUUUUAAAUGUCUCUACGAUCACAGGCAAUUUUUAAGCGUGGAUCGUCAUGCACAAGAAAAGGAUUUUGUGGACAAUAAAUUCAAGGAGAGCAUGAUUUGUGAUUGCUUCACCAGUUGCACUCAACUAAUACACGAACAGGAAUCGACUAUAUCACCACUUGACUACAAUGAAAUUGGCUCCGAGGUGGGCACAUUGCGUUUGGAUAUAUUCUUUCAAUCCAAUUGGUAUAUACAAUAUGAGACCCAUAUGCGUUUCACUUUUGUCGAAUUAUUGGCUAAUUUCGGUGGAAUAAUUGGUCUCUUUUUGGGGGCUUCUCUUCUAAGUGGCGUUGAGUUGAUUUACUAUUUCACUAUUGGCUUGUAUUUGUAUUUACGUAACCAGCGGAAUAUAAAGCCACAGAAAGUUGCUGAAAAAUCACCCAUCACUGUACAUUUUUAUCCUAAAAUAACACCAACAAAAAUUACAUAUUAA